AUGGAAGAUGCUAAUGUGGAGUCCGGAGAAGUAGAUAACAUUGGGAACACUGUUAAAUUUCUACUUGAUUGUAAAGAAAACGGAGAGGUUCUAGGCAAACAAGUGCCACCAUCGAUUUACAUGGUUCCUAGUGUAAUCCGAGAUCUCAGCCCAACUUGUUUCAAUCCGAAGGUGGUGUCUAUUGGGCCUCUUCACAGACAUGACGAACAUUUGCAAGGAUUUGAGAUUCAAAAACAGACUUAUUUACAUAAUUGGUUGCGUCGACUAGGUACUGUGCCAAAGCAAACACUGCGAACAUGUGUUGAGAAGGUGAUUCAAUCAAUAGAAACAAUCAAGGAAUGUUAUGGAAGAUCAGUGACCUACAACGAUCUUGAACUUGCGAAGAUGAUGGUAAUAGAUGGUUGUUUCAUACUUGAGUUCAUUCAGAAUGAAUCAGAAAAAUCAUCCGGGUGUAACAUGAUGAUUACUCCAUUGAUCGUUUAUGACCUGUUACUGAUAGAAAACCAAAUCCCGUUUUUUGUUCUUAAAAUCAUAUUUGACUGUACUAUUGUAGCAUCUGGAAGAAUGCACAUCAACUCCUCAUUUACCCAGCAUAUUAGCGUACUUCUAGGAUACUACAAAGUCUUUGAAUCAAAUUCUGUAGUACCCAAUGUCAGCCUAGAUUCCACUACUGAUCAUCUUCUUCACUUUGUACACAAAUAUUACCAGCCUGUGGAACCGAUGCCAUCAGUGUUUGUCGAAGCAAAUCCAAAAGGCCACACAGCUGUGGAAUUGCAUAGGGCAGGGAUGAAGUUCAAGCCUAAUGAAGAUGAGAAUUGGGCAAUGGCUUUAAAACUGGAAUUACCCUCAUCUUUUUUUUUUCAUGGUUCCCAAUUUUCACAGCCAUUCCCUCGUUUUCAUGGUUACAAUGGCCUACGCUUAGGAUGCCAAUAG